GUCACUUUCCAUUCACUUUCUAGUCACUAGUCUAGUCAAUCCAGCUACUCUCUAAUCACUCUUUUGUAACUAGUACAGUCAGUCUAGUCACAAAGAAUAAAGAACAUACAGCUUCACUGUGAGUCUUGUCACUAUUCAGCCACCAAUCUAGUCAGUCUAGUCACAUUCUAGUCAUCUUCUGGUCCAGGGGUGUCCAAAGUGUGUCCCGGGGGCCAUUUGCGGCCCGCAGCACAUUGUAGAAGUAAAUAUAACCUCCCUGCAAACAUCUGAAAAAAAAAAGAAGGGAUGACUGGUAAUUUUAUGAGGAAUUAUGACAUCAUACCGAUAAAUCUGACAAUAUUAAAAAAUAGCUAGAUUAAAAAAAAAAAAAUGAGGCAAGAUUACCCCUACUGUGCUGCGCUCCUUUUCUGUGACAUGCUGCAAACGGCCUGUCGUAACUUCCCCUGAGCUCACUUGUAAAACAAACUGCUAUCGAUCACGUGGGACUUAACUGUUUCACAGGAAGAUAUUUUGCCAAAUGCUCUGCAAACAUUCAACGAUGUGGGGGGAAAAAACCCCGUUGAGCUUCAACACAAUAAACCUUGUCAGCUACCUGAAACGCCAGCAUUGCUACGAAGCCCGGGGAUUGUUCCUAUCGCCGUAGCGUUUGAAAAGUGCAAAAACAUGUGCCGACCUGACGAAUAGUUUGAGACGACCCGAGGGCCAAAGCAAUCUGUGAUUUCAUCAUGAAAAUGAUGGUGCUGGACGAUCAGCCCUUGACCAUUGUUGAAAAUAUCAAAUUUUGUCGCUUAGUAACCCCCUUAGAGCCACAGUGUGUACUUCUGAGCAGUCUCUGUUUUUUUAAAAAUGUUUUGUUAAUAGUGGCAACUGGUCAUGUCAUGAUAUUUGGUAAGGACAAAUCUACAUGUAUAGUUUGUCAAAUCCAACUUUGUUUGAGUUGUUCUUACCUCCAGGUGUGAACAUAGUACAGUUAAAUAAAAAAAAAAUCGGAAUAAAAAGUUAUCAGUAUGUGCUUGAAAAAAAAAAAACAUUGUGCAUCCCAAAAAAGGCACAGUGUAAAGAGAAACAGCUGAAAUGUUGAUACUAACACCUCAUAACACAUAUAUUAAAAAUGAUCAAGCUUAACUCUUUUAGCAAAAUGAAAAAAAAAAUUACAAAUACAAAAGUGGCCCCCCACAUAAUUAGAUUUUUUUUUGUAUGCGGCCGUUGCUGAGAAAACUGUAAAUACACACAUGCACACACAUACCUACACAUUUAAAUACACACGUAAGAAAACAGUGUUUGCUGCCCCCUCCUUAUGGCAGUUACCAUGACAAUAGACAGGAAGUAGGCAUGACUCAUACAAGAUAUGUGGGAGGGGUAGAAUGACAGACACUUUUUGCGGAAUAGGCUAGAUCACUGUUGGACCUGAACCACUUAGGACCAGGUCUCUGGGAAUUGAACAUUUUGGGACCGGCUCUCCUGUGGGACUUGUGUUGGGUUUGUUUAGAGAUGAUCAUCUAAACAUUUGGAUUGUCCUUGUUUGGUGAUCACCCCCUGCAGGCGUCUCAUCCUGUGCGCAGACAACAGGAAGGAGAUGGAGGAGUGGAUGGCGGCUCUGCGGAGUGUUCAAAACAGACAAAACUAUGAGUCCACCCAGUAUAGCAUGGACCACUUCAGUGGGAUGCACAACUGGUACGCCUGCUCCCACGCCCGACCCACGUACUGCAACGUGUGCAGAGAGGCCCUGUCUGGAGUGACGUCACACGGACUUUCCUGUGAAGUGUGUAAAUUCAAGGCUCAUAAGCGUUGUGCCGUUCGAGCCACCAACAACUGUAAAUGGACGACGCUGGCAUCCAUCGGAAAGGACAUCAUCGAGGAUGAGGAUGGGGUGUGGAUGCCUCAUCAGUGGCUUGAAGGGAAUCUUCCGGUCUCGGCCAAGUGUAGCGUUUGCGACAAAACCUGCGGAAGUGUCCUCCGGCUCCAGGACUGGCGUUGUCUCUGGUGCAAGACCAUGGUGCACUCCAGCUGUAAGGAGCAGCUGUCCUCCAAGUGUCCCCUGGGCCAGUGUAAAGUGUCCGUCAUCCCGCCCACGGCUCUCAACAGCAUCGACUCUGAUGGUUUCUGGAAAGCAUCGUGUCCCCCAUCCUGCACGAGUCCUCUGCUGGUCUUCGUCAACUCCAAAAGUGGAGACAACCAGGGUGUGAAGUUCCUGCGCCGCUUCAAGCAGUUGCUCAACCCCGCCCAGGUCUUUGACUUGAUGAAUGGAGGACCACACCUGGGUCUGCGCCUCUUCCAGAAGUUUGACACCUUCAGGAUCCUGGUCUGCGGAGGGGAUGGCAGCGUGGGCUGGGUUCUGUCCGAGAUCGAUGCCCUCAUGCUGCACAAGCAGUGUCAGCUGGGGGUUCUCCCCCUGGGAACCGGCAACGAUCUGGCCCGGGUUCUGGGAUGGGGGUCCGCCUGUGACGACGACACCCAACUACCUCAAAUACUGGAGAAACUGGAGCGGGCAAGCACCAAGAUGUUAGACAGGUGGAGCAUCAUGGUUUACGAGACCAAGUUUCCACGACAGCACUCCACCUCCACGGUCACCGAGGACUGCAGUGAGGACUCUGAGGUGCAGCAGAUUCUCACCUAUGAAGAUUCCGUCGCCGUUCACCUUUCCAAGAUUCUGACGUCAGACCAACACUCCGUUGUCAUUUCCUCUGCCAAGGUUCUGUGUGAGACGGUCAAGGACUUUGUGGCCCGGAUCGGGAAAGCCUAUGAAAAAAACACAGAGAGCUCAGAAGAGUCGGACGUCAUGGCAAAGAAGUGUGUGGUUCUCAAGGAGAAACUGGACCUGCUGCUCAAAACGCUCAGCGACGAGUCUCACGCAUCUUCGCUGCUUCCGCCGGCUCCUCCCCCAACCAUCACCGAGGAGCAGGAAGAGGGCGAGGGCUUUGUACUUCCCCUCCUCCGUCCUCAGAACCGGACGUCGCCCGACUCCACCCCUUGCUCCCCCCGACCCGGCACCUCUGCAGCGGCCAUCUUUAAACCCAGAGAGCAGCUGAUGCUGCGCGCCAACAGCCUGAAGAAAGCCAUCCGCCAGAUCAUUGAACACACCGAGAAAGCCGUGGAUGAGCAGAACGCACAAACGCAGCCCGUCUUCUCGCUGGACGUCGUCAAGGUGGACGGUCUUGUGGAGGAAGACGAGGACGAAGAAGACAAGGUGUCCCUGCAGUCAUAUGGCGCCAAACUCUGCAGCACUCGCAGAGCCAGUAAGACGCCAUGUGAGAGGCUGAUGAGUAAAGGCAGCCUGUCAUUGGGCAGCUCCACAUCACUUGCUGUUCACACAGGAAGAGGAGACAACAUGCCAAUGCUCAACACCAAGAUCCUCUAUCCUGCCCUCAGAACAGGUGUGUCAGCUUCUCUGUCAAGUGGUUCUGUCAUCAGUCGCCUGCUCGUCAACGCUGAGUCAUUCACAUCAUGUGACCCUGACAACAUGGAAUGCUACACUGAGAAGUGUGUGAUGAACAACUACUUUGGGAUUGGACUGGAUGCUAAAAUUUCUCUGGACUUCAACAACAAGAGAGAUGAACAUCCUGAGAAGUGCAGGAGUCGCACAAAGAACAUGAUGUGGUAUGGAGUUCUGGGAACCAAAGAGUUGCUGCACAGAACCUACAAGAACCUAGAGCAGAAAGUUCUGCUGGAGUGUGACGGGCGGCCCAUCCCUCUUCCCAGCCUACAGGGCAUCGCUGUGUUGAACAUCCCAAGUUACGCUGGAGGAACAAAUUUCUGGGGUGGAACCAAAGAGGACGAUACGUUCACCGCUCCAUCUUUUGAUGACAAAAUUCUGGAAGUGGUGGCUGUGUUUGGCAGCAUGCAGAUGGCCGUGUCCAGAGUCAUUAACCUGCAACACCACCGCAUUGCACAGUGUCGCACAGUCAAGAUCACGAUCCUGGGGGAUGAGGGCGUUCCCGUCCAGGUGGAUGGUGAGGCCUGGAUUCAACCUCCAGGUUACAUCAAGAUCCUCCACAAGAACCGGACCCAGACUUUAACCAGGGACCGUGCGUUCGAGAGCACAUUGAAGUCAUGGGAAGACAAACAGAAGUGCGAGUUUCCUCGUGGUCCCUCUUGUCCUGUGGCCCCACCCCCUCUCAGCAGCCAUCCAGAAAUAGUUUCCGAAGAAGAGGCCUCAUUCGUGAGAGAGUUUGCUCGGGCCGCUGGAGUCCUCAUCCGCAGUAUCUGUCAGCUCGCUCAAAGUCACCACAGUCUGGAACAAGAACUUGCUCAUGCUGUAAAUGCCAGUUCCAAGUCCAUGGACAUGGUCUAUGUUGAGUCCGGAAGCAUUGGGACACUGAGCUGUGGCACCGUGGUCCGAAUGGUUAAAGACGUCAAAGCGCUACUCAGCGAGACAGAGCUGCUCCUUGCUGGAAAGAUGUCCAUGGUGUUGGACCCACCUCAGCAAGACCAGUUGAACUCUGCAUUGAGUUUGGUUGAUCAGCAGCUUCGUCGACUGGUUGACGUUUCAUGGUUGAGCGUCGUCAUCGACCCAUCUGACCAUGAGGGUCCCCUCACAGACUUGGCGAAGCCCAGUAGGAGUGCAAAGUUCCGCCUGGUUCCGAAGUUUAAAAAGGACAAAAACAACAGAAAUAAAGAGACUUUUGGGUCUCUCUCCCUGCCAGAUGACUUCCUCUUGGCAUCAGUUCACCAGUGGGGGACGGAGGAGGUCGGGGCGUGGCUAGACUUUCUCUGUCUCUCCGAGUAUAAGGACAUCUUUAUCGGUCACGACGUCCGAGGAAGCGAGCUGGUCCACCUGGAGAGGCGGGACCUGAAGGACCUGGGGGUGACCAAGGUGGGUCACAUGAAGAGAAUCCUUCAGGGCAUUCGAGAGCUCAGCAGGAACAGCAGCGCCAGCGAGGCCUAAGUUCCGCCUCCAGCAACUGCUGCCUGCUCUUCUCUACUUGCUGCUACUGCCAACCAGCUUAACCCCGUGACCUCUGUGAUUGGCUCACACACAAGCGCCUGAGAAAAAAAAAUCUGUCAUGUGACCAGCGAGUGCCUUGUUGUCCUGUCCAAUGACCAAUCAGCACCCAGCGCAUCGCCUGGGAGGCGGAGCCAAUCUUUCACAUCACCUGAGACGUGACAUCACAUCUUAAAAUGAAAGUUUGAAUAUUUUAACAUUUCUGUCUUAAACACACAGACAUGCAUAUCAAUCAAAAACUUGCUGUCCAGUCCCUCAGCUCUUUUUAUCAAUUUAUUUAUUUUCACAAAGGUCAUUUCUAUGUAAGACAGCUGUUUGCUGACAAGGAACUUACCCAAUUAUUUAUAUUUUAUUUUUCACACACAAAGACAUUUUGGGCCUUUUGAAGUUGUUUGUAAGAUAAUCAGUAAUUAAAAAAACAAGCAUUUCAUGACCAGAAGAGAACUGAACUACAAAAAAAACAAAAAAGAAAACACAUUUUAUUUUUCUGUCUAGUGCAUAUGUGGCAAUAAAUAUAAUUUGAAAAAAAAAUUUUUUUUUAAAAAAAGGUCGUGGUGUUUCACUUUUUUUCUUACUUUAACAGGAGCCCCCAAACACUGCUUAUGAAAGUUUUCAGCAGUACCGUUCCAUGGGUGGGGCCAAACCGGGAGUGAUAAAAAAAAAAAAAAGUAAAUAUUUUGAAGAGAUUUGUAAAUUACUACAGGUGGUCCUCGGGUUACAUACAAGCUCCAUUCCUAGGCUGUGAUGUAAAUCAGAUCUUACACCUAAAUAUGGAUGUCCCGAUCAACUUUUUUUUGGCUUCCGAUCUGAGUUUGGUUUUUUUUUGCCGAUCCCGAUCCUUUUUGAAUAUGAAUUGAAUAUGGUUAGGAAAAUAGCUUUUCAAAGCAUUGAAAAUAAUGCAAAUAUUGCCGAAUUGACUUUGUUACGCAGUAUGACCAACAAUAUUUUUUGGCUUUGCAACAAACCUCUGAGUCAGCUCCUGAAUACAAUAAAAAUCCAUUCAAUGAAAAAUAAAAUUGGGAAAAAUGGGUGUGCAAAACUACUCAUUUGACAUGGUUAUAGAUCAAUUUGUGGUGUGAUUUAGAAUAUGACAUUUUUUUUGUGACGUCCUUAUUUUGUACCCCCACAGGAUGUGCUGUUAUUUUGACGGUCGGAAGUGUGUGUUGAGGUCACUUGACACGAGUCAGUGGAGAGACAAGUGGGCUAAGAAUAACUUGCCUCCUGCAGCUCCGGGUCCUGUCCUUUCACUCUGCACUCCCAUAACAUUAGUGGGAAUCCUUACCCCCUCAGUUACACUCUCUUCAACGCAACAGUAAUUUAUUGACGGUCCAUAGUAUAAACAACCAGCAGUUACAGCAGCACUUCCCGUACAACCUCCCUGCACACACACACACACACACACACACACACAGCAGUGCGGGCACAGUGAGGGGGAAUUACUGCUGUAGCUACAGAGCCGAAUAUCAAACGUCCAAAGUGAAACUAGCAUCACCAAGGUACGCCGCGGACAUGUCUUCAUGGUGGUGUUGCAUUUUCUUCUUCUUGAGGGUGGCGGGAGUAAACCUUUAGUAUCAUUUAAGUAUCUCUUUGUUGGGCCAAGUGUCCUGGUUUUCAGUAGUGUUUUCCGACAGUAUCCUGUUUUGCUUUUUGCAGUAUAGAGAUUGUUGCCCGACCACCUCCUCGUCAUCCUUACAGUGGCCAGAUAGACGUAAAAAUACCAUCUUUAUCCUUCAUUGCGGUUACGAGUGUAUUCCUAGUGUAUUCUUCCGUGGUGCACUGCGCUGUAACUACCUCUUGAGCGAGUCCAGCGUUUAUAGGCCGAAGUUACAUUUUUUUAUUCAUUUAUGGGAAAGUGUACAUAGCCACGAAACUAGAGGACUCACCUGUACAUCAAAUUAAACAUGAUAUAAAAAUACAUUUUUCACUCUGACAUCACAUUGGGACUAAAGUUGGGCACUUGUGAUCACCCGCAACUGCCAGCAGCAGUUGCAAAAAUAAAGUUUACAAGAUUUCUCACUGGGGAUGCUGAAAAAAAUGACUUCUACUCAGAAUAAUACUCAGGGGAGACAAGAACACAACAGCAGUUUAACUUAAAGUAUGGCAGUCCGCGUCACUUCUGAUUGGGGGUCAAGUCACAUACUGUACCCUGCCCACUAACCCUACUUUUCGCCCACCUUGUAUAAGCAUGGCCAUGUAACUAGCAACUUAAGCUGACAGAUAACUGGAACAGAUUUCAAAAGCAGGAAAAAAGUGGCCUAAAUUACAUAAUUGCUUUUUAUUUUAAAAAAAAAAAAAAAAAAAAAAAAGG